UGCGGCCAGGAGGUUCGUUUAAUAAUCCCAAUACGUUGUCGUGUGUCCACCCACUAUUAAAGAAGUGAGCUACCGAAGGGAUUUCUAUUCUAGGGUUUUCCGCUUGCCUCUUCCUCCUUACUUCUCGAGAUCUCUUCUCUUCGAUAUUCUCUAUUCUUCUUUGUUUCUUGAGGUCUCAGCAUGCUCUUACUGUUUGAAUCGUCAGAGGGAUUUGCCCUCUUCAGAGUGGUCGAUGAAGGAAUCGUGGCGGCUGCUGCUGACGUUGUGGAAAUAGGUAGACUGUUCGAGUCUCCGGAGUCAGCAAGACAGGUGGUCAGGCGAGUAGCUAUUCUUAAGUUUGACGGCCAAUUGGAAGCUCUCGGUGAGCUGGCUGCUUUGAGGCGCGGAGAACCGAGCGAAGAGCUUGUUGUUUUCUUAGAAGAUAACUGUCUAGAUGGUCGUGAAUUAUUAGGUGUGUCUGAUCAAAGGCUUGGAGUUCAGAUCAACAUAUUGCUGCCGCAAAUCAAAUGUGUUCACAACGUAGCUGUAUUGGAGCUUCUUAGAGGUGUUAGAAGUCAGUUCACAGCACUCAUGGGUGGCGUAUUCUUGGCUCCUCCGAGGUUGGAUUUGGCUCACAAACUUGCUACGCAGACACUGGAGAUUGAUACUAACAGGGAUGAUUCCACUAUUAUCACAAGUAUUCGUUUCUACGACAAUCUUGACAAAGAUAUCAACAUGUAUGCUAUGAGGGUUAGAGAAUGGUAUGCAUUGCAUUUUCCCGAGCUUUCUCAGAUCAUACCAGACAAUCUCUUAUAUGUUAGAGUUGUCAGGCUCAUGGGAAACAAGGCUGGGGCCGCUGCUUUAGACUUCUCUGCGUUCCUACCAGAGGAGACUGAGAUGGAUCUGAAGACAGCAGCUAUCAAUUCAAUUGGACCUGAUUUCGAUGACAUCGACUUGCAGAUGAUCCGGGGUCUCUGUGAUCAGGCUAUGUCUGUUCAUGACAGCAGAACUGCGCUUCGGGAUCACCUGCAGGACAGAUUGAACGUUGUUGCUCCCAAUCUGACUGCUCUAGUUGGAGUGACGGUUGCUGCCCGGCUAAUUUCUUGUGUAGGUGGUUUAUGGAACCUCUCCUUGCUGCCUGCGAGCUCACUUGAGAGACUCGGAGCCAAAGCAGCCGAUCCCAUGUGUGGUUAUAUUUACAGCUCACCUAUCGUUGAAACCCCAAAUCUUAACAAGCUGAGGCUAUCUCGAUCAUUGGCUGCUAAAUGUGCUCUUGCCAUUAGGAUUGAUCUUUUUGGUGCUGGCCAAAAUAACAAUAUGGGACUCCACUACGCAGUUUACCUCCGUCAACUUAGGAUGCGACACCUUCGUACACUCUACGGCCAUCAAUCAAGAUAACUUCGUGCAGACCCCGUGUGUUCAUCUCCUCUAGCGAAUGUUCUUGGAGUCAACUUGCAAGGUCGUUGAAGUUAAUGAGAGAUCCAAGUAUACCAAAAAGGCCAUCAUCCAAGAAUCAAAACCAAACUGUUUCCUAUGCUUGCCUUCUAUCUUUUUUUUGAACUUUGAUCUCUGAUGACACUUUUAUGGAACUUGUAUUUGUCUACUUUGAACUUGCCUAUUCUGACAGUUUCAAGUUUAGUGUGUUAGAUGUUUUAAGCUUAAUGUCGGAUUCCAGGUUUUCUUUUUUU